AUGUCUAGUGGCAACCGUUUCCGGGUUAUCGAAGACGAAGAGACCAGUGCGUUCACGAAUGUUAAGGACUUGGAACUCGAGGAGACGUUGUUGGGCUGGGAAGCUCUUUGCGGGAUUGCUUACAAGUUUCCGUCUCUGUCAACUUUGAGUUGUAGCUUGAAUCAGCUGUCGGUCCUCCCAACCGUUUCAUUCGGCGCUCUCGCCGACACACUGACGACUUUAACACUCGAAUUCAACGGGUUCACCUCCUUUGCCGACCUUGCGUCCCUAUCCUCUCUCAGCUCUCUCCGCAACCUCCACCUCAAGGGCAACAGCAUCUCUACCAUCUCCCGUCCAUCCGUCCCGACACCCGUCUUUCCCCCAAGUCUGCAGUACCUCGACAUAUCCUACAACGCCGUCAUGACAUGGUCAUUCGUUGACGUUCUCCCCACGUCCUUCCCAGGCCUCACAGCCCUGCGCCUCGCCCACAACCCCGUCUACGAUCGCCCCGACCCAGACGCCAUCGGCGGCGGCACCCAAACAAAGUCGACAGACGAGGCCUUCAUGAUCACCAUCGGUCGCCUCGGCGGCCUCAAGGCCCUCAACUUUACCCCGAUCUCGACCGCGGAUCGUGCCAAUGGUGAGAUGUUCUACCUCUCCCGCAUAGCUAAGCAGCUUGCCUCUGUCCCCGAGGCCGCCGAGCCCGAGGUCCUAGCCCAACAUGCUCGCUACGCCGAGCUCUGCGAUAUUUACGGCGCUCCGGACAUUAUUCGCCGCGACGAGAUUGACCCAACGUACCUCGAAGCUCGCCUCAUCACCGUACACUUCACGCACAAGACAAUGACAACGAAGACGAUUACAAUUCCAAAGUCUUCCGACAUCUACGCCGUCAAAGGCGUCGCGGGAAGGCUGUUUGGUGCCGAGCCGUUGCGUCUCCGCCUGGUAUGGGAGACAGGCGAAUGGGAUCCCGUCGGCGGGUUCGAUGAGGACGAGAAUGCGGAUGACAGCAGCGACGAGGAGGAUGCCGGGGUGGGCGGUGAGGGAGCUGAGACGGGGGCUGAUGCUAGUGCGCGGGAGGAAAAGGGUGGUAGGUGGGUGAAGAGGGAGGUCGAGCUCAAGGACGGACCUAGGCAGCUGGGCUUCUGCGUGGACGGGAUGGAUGUCAAGAUCCGCGUGGAAGAUAGGUGA